AUGAAUCCCAAAAAGGCUCCUGGGGAGGAUGGUAUGACCUUGGAUAUCUGUUAUGAGAGCUAUAAAACAACACCAUCGAUCCUUUUGGCUAUUUAUAAUAAAUGUCUUGAAAUAGGCUAUUUCCCAAAGAUAUGGAAAAAAGCAAUCAUAAAAAUUAUUCCGAAGCCUGGAAAAGUAGACUAUACUGUACCUAAAGCAUAUCGUCCAAUUGGCUUGUUGCCAGUAUUUGGAAAAAUUUUAGAAAAGCUCUUUGUAGGCAGAUUACUCUGGCAGCUUGGAAGGGAAGGAAAAUUCAGCAAUCGACAAUAUGGUUUUAUGCCACAACGUAGUACAGAGGACGCACUAUAUGACAUAAUGACAGUGAUAAAACAAGGCAUAAAAGAAAAGAAGAUAGUUAUGAUGGUAUCCCUCGACAUAGAAGGGGCUUUUGACAAUGCUUGGUGGCCCCAAAUAAUAAAAGAAAUCCAAAGGAAGAAUGUGAACAUACACAACCUAAGGCUCAUUACCAGCUAUCUGUCUUCAAGGAGUGUUAUAGUGAAAUAUGCAGGAGCAAUAGCCACCAAACCUACAACUAAAGGAUGCAUACAAGGAUCGACCUGUGGACUCAUACUCUGGAACAUCCUUCUCGACCCCCUUCUUGAAUUAAGUUCAGAUAUGGAUGUACAUCUUCAGGCAUUUGCUGACGAUAUUCUUAUCAUCGCAAAAGGAAACUCAGCAAAAGAUGUAGAAGACAAACUUAAUCCAGCUUUAGAGAAAAUAGUAACAUGGGGCAAAACGCACAAAUUAAAUUUUGCACCACAUAAGACACAAUCUAUCGUAAUAACCAAAAAGUUAUCUUACGAAUUACCUAUAAUUAAAAUGGACAAAAUUAUUAUACAACCAUCUACAAGUCUAAAAGUACUUGGCGCCACCAUCGAUAAAAAUUUAAACUUCGUAGAACAUCUAGAUGAAGUCCUCGGGAAGGCAAUAAAAAUUUACAAAAUGAUAGCAAGAACAGCUAAAGCUCAUUGGGGACUUCAUUCUGAUAUGGCAGAGCUUACCGCAAUAUUAAAAGCAUUAGAUAUGAUGUGCAAGUUCGGCGAAUUGAAGAAAGGAAUAAUCCUAAGCGAUUCACGUUCAGCUCUAGAGUGUCUAACGGACAGCUCGUCCCUUCAUCCUUUGGCAGCUGAAAUACGAGAGCGCAUAAGAUCAUUAGUAAAUAAAAACGGCGAGGUUAAAUUUUACUGGAUAAAGGCACAUAUCGGUAUACCUGACAAUGAAAGGGCUGAUGAGCUUGCCAAAAAGGCUGCACUAUUCAACAAACAAGCACCAGUUUAUGACAAGUGUCCGCUAUCCUUCGCGAAGCGACUAACCAGGGACUCUACCUGCGUGAAGUGGCAGCAACGAUAUAGUGAAGCAGCAACAGGAGCAGUCACGAAAAAUUUCUUCCCUGACGUAAGAGAAGCUCACAAGACACUGAAACAGAUAAGAAUGGACAAUAUUAAAGCUCAAUUAUUAACUGGUCAUGGAGGAUUUAAGGCUUAUUUGUUUAAGUUCAAGUUGGCGCAAUCCCCAUCUUGUGUUUGCAGUAAUGAAAUAGAAGAAAAAAUUGAACACCUGCUAAUAGAUUGUCCUAGAUUCACUAUUCAAAGAAUGGAAUGCGAGCAUAAGAUGGGAAUUGCAAUCAAUAUAACAAAUUUAAAGUAUGUAAUUAACAAUGAUGACUGCCGUAUCCAUUUUCUUAAAUAUGCAGAAUAUGUUGUUAGGUGUGCAGGAAAAGCAAAUGGAUCGAAAGUAGAUAUUUAA